CAACAGUAAAAACAUUUUCUAAUAUUUUUGUGAAUAUCAACGAAAGCGAAAAACUGUCAAAGAAGUUUGAAUAACUACCUCAAAUGUUUUUAAGGAAGUGUAUGUUGAUUGAAGAACAUCUCUCUGUAAUAGUGAAUAAACAUUUCUUGAACAUUUGUUUGCAAAAUCAAUUGCAUUGUUUUUUACCGUUUUUUAUAUUCUGUAAGUACGACGUUACAUUUAUACAUUUUUAACAAAUAAACACAUUUCAGUAACAACUUUCCAUCUGAAUGGAAUGGUAGGGAAAGGGCGUGGGUUAACAUGCGAGACUUCUCUCACGGGUACGCUAGUAAUAUUACAUUUCAGUUAGCGUUUUCUCACUUUUUUUCUUUUCAGUCCCCUUUUUACAAUUUUUUACCUUUUUACAAUUAUGACAAUUUUGUAAUUUAACCAUUUUGAAUUGAUUUUUCCUUGGAAAUAUAUAUCGCUGAUUUUUCCCAGUUAAUAAAGAAAUUCAGUGACAAUUCCGUUUUCAUUAGGUGUGUUACCACCCUAGAAAGGUGAGAUAAGUCCAUUGGACCCAGAAGCUCUUCAAAUCCAACCGCGAGUUGCAUGAUUUAAUAUUUUUGAACUGUUUUUGAACGAGAUGCCCUUGCUGGGAGACGAGGGGCACGACGCUGGGCCCUUGCUGGGGGAUUCUGCGCUGCCGGACGAAGCCCUGGACGAGUUUCCCUUGGGCGCCUUGGACGUGGACAUGGACUCCCUCCCGUGGCCCCACUCCCCCCCGGACUUCUCGGAAGACGCGGAUUGUACUAUAAAAGAAGAAAUAAAAUUGGAACCAUCGUCUCCUCUUUUAUUUUUACCUCCGUCGCCUGAUUCAUCAAGUAGUGAUGGUUGGCAAGAUGUUGCACUCUCCGAUUCAAAGUUUGUGUUGGAAACUCCACCCAUCACACCUCCUCAGGAGAAGGACAGUCUUAGCCCUCCAAAUUCUCCAGACUCUCAUCUUGGAAGUGGAAUUAGCAUUGCAGGCACAGUUAUUGCUGCUAAUUCGGGUGCCAGUACUCCCUCCUCUGUAGUAGAGCCUGUCAUUGUGGUAUCUCCUAUAAAAAUUGUCCCUUAUGCUCCAAACACUGCAUCCUUGAAGGGCAAUAAUGGUUCCAAAGUACUGAUAAAGCAGGCAUCAAAUGGGGCAAAACGAAUAAAAAUACAACCAAAGCCAGAAGUAACACAAAGCUCUCAGUUACCAAGUACUGCAUUACCAAAGAAAAGUGAAAAUUCCACUUCAGAUACAAGAACAUUUGUCAUAACACCUCAAAAAUUUGCAUCUCUUACGCAACAAACUAAAUCUUGUGUGAACAUAAAUGGUUCAGGUUCUUCCCCUGCCACGUUGUGUCAAACACCACCUCAAGCCCACUUGACCGCAAAUGCAACUAUUAAGCGAGAACUGUCAAAGAUCACGUUUGUUAAUCAGUGUAAUCUAAAAUCUAUUCCAGGAAGACAAGAAUUGGAGAUGAAAGCAAUGAAGCGGCAACAACGUAUGAUAAAAAACCGGGAAUCGGCAUGUUUAUCACGCAAGAAAAAGAAAGAAUACGUUACAUCACUUGAAAUGCAAAUAACAGAUUUGCAGCAGGAAAAUGUUCAAUUAAAGUUGGAAAAUUCAGCUCUGAAAGAACGCUUAGCACUGUACGAAGAAAACAUUAACUGGAAAGGUUCAACAACUGCUUUAGUUUCCAGUGCAAAAAAAGCCACAGCAUUGCUUAUGGUUCUAUUUAUGGUUUCUUUAAAUCUCACAUCUCUGGGUGGAUUCCUGCCCAGAGGCACAGGAAAUUCUGUUCCCCUGAGUAAUCCAUCAGUUUUUUCACAAACUUCUGGUUCACGAAGUGGGCGAACUUUACUUUGGGCAACAGCUCCUGAACUUCCAUCUGGGGUAGAAGUUGCCUUUGGAGUAAAUUCAUCAUCACAUUCAACUUGUCCCAUGUACAUAAACCAGACUGAGUCAAUUAGAUUAGAUAGUGAACUUAGGAGAUGGAUAGGAGCUGAUAGAGAUAAUAGCAAUCAAGAUUCCAAGGAGGGAGAGAGAAAAGAAAGUAAUGAGGUUACUCAUUCUGUGACAACUAGUGCACCUAUUCCGCAAGAAAAAACAAAACUAACCAAGAAGAAACAAAGACAUUUGUCAAAAUUAAGAACAUCUCCAUGGGUUGGUAGCAGUAGUGGAAAUUCUGUGACACCUGUACAUAAUGACAUUGGCAAACAAGAUGCACAUGAAGUUGAAAUAUGGGGAAGACCUGCAUACAGUCAUUCUGCCUUGUUUGAGGCAAUUCAUCGCCGUGAUGAUACAUUUUAUGUAGUGUCUUUUUCAGUAGAUCAUUUGUUGUUGCCUGCUCUUGCUCAUAACAAAACUUUGCGCCCUAAGAUGUCACUUCUAUUACCAGCUCUUCCUUUCAACGAAUCAAUGGCAGCCCCUCCAAACCAUGUCACAAUGAUGCAAAUAGAUUGUGAAGUAACAAACACUCAGCUGCUGAAUGUGAAAGAAGGUGAUAUUCCUGUGCACUUAAGGCAGAAACAAAGUAGAUAUCAGAAUGCAGGUACCAACAGUUCUUUCCACAGAGAAAAAACAGGGUCAAAACCAUCAGCUCCAUCACAACAAACUUAUGAACCAUACUUUGUGAAGACUAGUUAUAAUAAACUUCCAAAUGGUGUUGGCUAUGGUGAUUCUGCAGCCACAAAAUUGCCUGCUUAUCGACCAGAAUAUAACAUAAAAACAAUGUUUAGACGUGCUAAGAAGAAAUUUGAUUCAAAAGUUACUAAUAGCAGUGUUCCUUGAUUGUAUGAACUUCAUCCCUUAAUCCCGUAACUUAGAAAUAUAUUUUAUAGUAUACAUUUUCACUGACUGAAGAUUAUGCUGUAUGUAACUAGGGAUAAAUACUAUGUAAUAAGUUUAUUUUUAUUUCUUCUUUCUUCAUUAGCAUAACAGUUGUACUUGUUAAAAAAGAAGUGAAUUUUGUUAAAUUGUUAUUCUAAUCCUGUUUUAAUGUCCUUGAAAGCACAAAAUGAAACAAACUUGUUGGUGUCUUUGUAUGUCGAAUGAAACAAAAUGUAAAUAUUAGUGCCAGAAACGUGUUCAAAUUAGAAUAUUACGGUUAUGUUGAGAUAUUUCCUUAAAACUAUUAACUCUGCCCUAGGCAGGUAUUACAAAUCAAAUGAGGGGAAAAUACCACAACUUAUGUUACUGCAUCAGUAAAUGUGAUGGUAUUUUAAUCCUCGGCUUAACUUUUAAGAAAUAAUAUAUGCUAAGAAACAAAAGAUUUUAAAAUAAAUUACAGGUAUAUUUGCACUGUAAGCUAGUGCAUUUUUUAUUUUUUUCUUUCUUCAGAAAAUAAAUUUUAUUGACUAUUUUAUACCCUACAAAAACUUUAUCAUUCUGGAUAUUUGCUCCAGAUUUGAAUUUGCAGUUACUGAAAAUAAUUGUAUCUGUUCAUUGUUUUUCUUGUUGUAUUUUCUCUGGAGUUUAUUUUAUGUUACAGAUGUGCUUUAAUUGUGUACAAAUUAAAUUAAGUUUUAACCUAUGGAUUCAAGAAAAACUGAGUUAUUGGAUUUUUAGUUUCGCUUUAGUCAAAGAUAAUAUAUUAUUUUGCAAUGUAGCAAUUCCAUUUGUAGCAACUGCAAUGUAGUAAUUGCAAAAUGUAAUUUACUAAUUUAUUUCCAUGCAGAAUGAAGUAUUGCAUUUACUUGAUAGUAUUUUUGAUUUUAUCAUAUUACUGUCAUAAGUUUUGUUUGUAUUUGUUUAUAAAUUUGUACUGUAAAAUAAAUUUCUUACAAUUUUUUUUUGGAAGGUGUAGUUGUAUUAAUGUUUUCAGUGCAUUUUUGUAGCACAAAGUAGACUGAGUUUAUUAUUAAGGUUUGGGGUAAGUCUGAUAACUGUCCUAGAAGGGUAUGAGCAAUAAGUUUUGAAAAACUUGCAAUUUUAUUUUGGGUCAGUGUAAUGAGUUUUUUAACUCAGAUUUUGUAAUUUAAACUGGAUUUACAGAUAUGCUUUACCCUAUGUACAUAUUUUCAACAUCAAAAUAUAUCCAGAUUUCCAAUGAAAGGUUUUUUGUUUUGUUUUUUUUCUCUAUUCACAAUUAAAUAACAAAAGUGUACUGCUUUUGGGUCCUGGUUUCAUUUCUCCAAUGUUCCUAUUGGCAAAUUUAUCAGUAUCUUGAACCUCCAUAAAUUGAACAUUUUAGUUCAAAUGGUAGAGGAACUUACAGGAAUUAAAUGAUGGAAGAAAAAAAAAUGAAGGAAUAGUAAUGAUGAAUUGAUUUAAAGUACAUGUUACACAAGAAAUUUUGCAAAUAUCAGUGAAAAUUUAUCAAUCGUUGUGGUUCAGAAUCGUAUACACACUGGUCAGAAUAUGAUUUCUACGAAUUAUAUUCUUUGCUCAAUUAACAAUCUUUCACUUACCAGCCAAUAAAAGUGGUCAAUAGAAUUUCAUGUUUAAAAAUCACUUUCAUAUACUUGAUGCAUUGUACAACUGAAUCAACUGGUGUUCGUAAUUGACAAAACCCAAAAGUGGAAUAAUUUUAUGUUGGUCAUACGGUUUGUUUUUUAAUACAACCACAGUUUUAAAACAUAACAAUGAAAAGUUUUUACAUUUUGGUUUAAUAUUAAAAUCCUGAGUACAAGAUUCAACCAGUCACCUUUACAUAUGUAUAAAAAUAAAAUAUUUGAAAAUUCACCAUAAAAAAUAAAAAUGUAUACAAUUGUUUAUUUUAUUGAAUAAAAAUGAUUCCUUCAUCAGCUGCAGAUGAAUUACUUGAGAUCAGGUGUAGAUGCUCCCAGGUAAGUUUUAAGAUCAUUAACAGUUGAAGAGACAAGUUUCGCUCUUAUUGUUUGUCUGCCAAGCCUCUGAUGUGCAACAUAUCGAUGGCAGCCACCAAAGGAAUAGUAGUAAUUACCAUUUUCUCUUCCUUUAAUCCACAACACAUCAAUUGGUGGUACAUCAAAAUAUUUUUCAGGAUCCCGCAAUGUUUCCAUUAAACUUUUCACUUUAUCUUCAUUCACUUCGGGUGGAAACGGACGAAUUAAAACAGACAUUGGAAUGUCAUGUACUUCGUCAAUUAAUCCAGCAUGGAUACUAGUAAUACUCGUAAGUUCAUUAUCUUUAGGUUUCGUUGACAUUUGUCUAGCACAGAUUUCCUCGAAAACAGGCCUCGUUUUCUCAAGCACCCACCUCGUCGAUGUAAACAUGUCCCGAUGUCCUUUAAUCGGGUUCGUUGGCUUGCCACUCCCUCGUAGUGGUGAAAAGAGACAGAGAUACCACAUAUGCUACCAAAAAUAAACACGUCACCAUCCUCUUGUUAGAAUACGCCAAGUAA